CAAAAUAUUCUCCUCAAUGAAUUCUUCUUCCAGAAAGGAUAUAUGAUUCACUGCAGUGCUUAAUACUGCGAGGAAUGCAACUGUGGUAGUUUUUAAAGAAAUGCAACAAUACUCCGCAUGACGGUUUUUGCACAAAGAAGGAAAAAGGAAGAAAAGUGUUGAGAGGAAGAGUCUGUUAAGAGCAGAGUGACUCUGCAGACUGUGGAGAGAGGAGAGAAGAGGAAACAGACAAACAGUUCUUCAAAGGGAGUUUGGAGAUCGUCUGUCUCAAUCAACAAAAUAAGAUGCUUCUCCUCAUCUGGCUGAUUCUGCUCUUCACUGUGGAAAGAAACAAUGCUCAAGUUGCAUCUCCCAACACCCAAAACAUAACAGCAGAGGCCGGACUCUGUGUUGUCAUACCCUGUAAAUUGUCUGAUGAUCCAGCCUUUGCUUUGGAAAGUGCAGUUUGGUACAAAUGUGAACAGAACUGCACUGAUUCUGACAUAAUACUCCGCUUGAACAACACAGACCCAAAGACUCAGUCUAAGCGAGUGUCACUUCUAGCGAAUGAUCAAAGGAACUGCAGCAUCGUCAUCAAUGAUCUCAACAAGUCAGACUCUGGAUCGUAUGAGCUCAGAGUCCUGAACAAAGCAAACAACAGAUUAACUUCUCAAAGAGCAAAAAUCACUGUCAAAGAUCUGAGUCAGAAGCCCACUUUGAAUGUUCCUCUUCUGACAGAGGGAACUCAAACCACGCUGACCUGCACUGCUCCUGGUUCCUGCUCUGGAUCUGUUCCUACGUUUUCCUGGGCUUGGAGGACACCAGGAAAGCCUAACAGUCCCAUCAGAGAAAGCGUCAAAGAAAGUGGACAAAACUCGACUUUCACCUUUAAACCCUUGGCCAUACACCAUGGCAAGGAGGUCACCUGCAAAGUCAGCUUCAGAAACAAUGCCACUACGGCAAACACUGUGAUUUUGAAUGUGACCUAUGUCAGGAAACCAGAAAUCACUGGAAAGACAACAGUAACGAAGGGCGACACUUUGGAUCUGACCUGCCGUGUUGACAGCUUCCCUCCCUCUGUCAUCACAUGGACUAAACAUGGAUCAGAAAAACCCCUGAGUAACUCUCACAUUGGAUCAGCCCCUCUAGUUAUCUCUGAUGUGAAUUCAAAUCAUUCAGGACUGUACACCUGUGCGGCAAAACAUCUCUUCAACAGCGUGAACAUUACCGUGAUGAUGCGUCCAAAGAUCCUGAACGGCUCUGGAUGCGUAAAUGACUUAAAGCUUCUGACCUGUUCGUGCAUCAGCAGAGCGGACCCCUUACCCGGUAUCAAAUGGCCGCUGUUGGUGAACCACACGGAGUUUACUGUCAUUACCACCACAUCCAACCACACGGUCAACAGCACCUUCAUCCUAGCAGUAAACGACCAAAGUAACGCUGUUGUCGAGUGUGUCAGCAGCAAUGAAAAUGGAGAUGUAAAACAAAAACUCAUCGUAAAUAAAGAACAACCAAAAGAUGAAGGUCAAUACAUUAUGAAACUGCUCCGAGUUGUUACACGGCUAGAUAUUCUCAUUGCCUUUUUGAUUGGUGCUCUCCUGUCUGCAAUCAUUUGCUGUUCGGUGCGAAAAUGCCACAGGAAAAAACACAGAACCCAUGGAUAUCUGGCUGAGACUCUGGAGAUGGUGACAAGUCAAGAAGAUCCACUGAUAGAUGCUGGUCAAGCAGUGGAAAAUGCUCAGGCCAUCGAGCAAGAGGCACCUGAAGGAGGUGACGGUGCGGCAGCAGGGAAAUCCGAUGUGGAUUAUUCCAACCUGGAUUUCUCCCGUUUCAAAAGAAAUAAUCUUGCAGAGAAAGGAAUGGCACAGGAAACAGAGACAGAGUAUGCUGAAAUUAAAAAAGGAGAGGCGGAGGAAAGGCUAGAUGGAGAAGGCAAAGAGGAGAUGGCAGGAGAGGAUGAGGAGACAAAGGAGUUUGUGGCAGAUGGCGGGGAAGGUGAGGAUCUGUAUUCCAAUGUGGAGGACAUAAUGGGUCAGGAAAAAGAAGGUGCUGUUUAGGUGUUGAGGAUGACUUCUGUAACGGGUUCUGAUAUGAUGGCUUCAUUCUUUGUAUUUGUCUUGCUUUGGCUACAGCACAGAGAUUUUUUUCACCUGGAGAAAAGUCUUUAUAGAGAAACGUGUUAUUUUUCCAAUUGCACUGUUUCCACAAUAGUAUAAAACACGUAAUCCAUACAUUUGUAUCUUCAGGUGCCUUUUCUGAAAAAUCCAAACAAACCCAAACCCUAAAGUACAGGAAAAGGUAAAAAGCUGAUAUGGAAAUCAUUCAAGUACAAAUUCUCACACUGUCUUAAUUUCAUAUUGCAUAAUUAUUAUUUUGUAUGCAAACCUGUAUUGUUGGUUUUGACAGUGAAUCAUUGUAUACUGUCUAAUGUUGCAUUGUCUGUUGUAUAUAACAGCUGAAGCUUUUUUUUGAUUAUUUUCUUAAAUAUAUGGUAUGGGCAAUUUAAAGGAGCGAUAUGUUACUCUGACACAUAGUGUUUAAAAUGGGUACUGCAGUCCAAAUUCAUAACAUUGGAGAGCGCUGUCUCCCCCCGCCCCCUCCUCUCUAGAGUCGAUGCUAACGCGCGUUGACAUUUCACGGUCAUGGAAGCUUCAGUGUUUAGCCAGCUCUACAUUGGUCUAAAAAUCUUUCUGCGUUUUAACCUCUCUCCAUUUUUUAAAAGCGUCUCCAAUAUUGAUCCUAAUUUGAGCACGUUCCUACUCGUGGAGCUUAUUAGAAACAUGCAGAGGCUUUUUAGGCCAGGUAGAAUCAGUUUUAUCUUCACCAGUUUGCUUGCCCACAUCCAUCACUGUAACACCUGUUUGCUUGUCUGGCAAACCGAGGGGCGUCCAAAACGGCCAUGUGGGGGUGCCUUAAAACUACCUACCAUCUCUGGAAGGAAAAAAAAAAAAAAAACAUUCUGCACCAGAAUCGAAUUUUAGGAGGAGGAGGACAUACUGGCUGCUGCAAUGUUGUCAGAUAACCCAGAACUAAAGCUCACUAUUUCAACUCUGCACUCUUCUCUAAAUAUUUGUAUUUUGUGAACAUAACCCACCUUUUUCCUCUGGCUCAUAGCACCCAGGUGUUAGAGUUAUUAUUGCAUUACCAUUGCAGUGGAACUGUGCACCUUCGACAGAUGUACUAUCACAGUUACAGGACCAACACAUACAGCUGUUUUUUAAUUAUAAUUAUAUCUCUAAAUUCAAGUCUAAGUUCUUAGUACUCAAGUCUAAGUUCUUAGUAUUCAAUAUAUCUGUAUGUGAGCUCAACCCAAUUGAGCUCACAUACAGAUAUAUUGAAUCUACAACAAUGUUCCCCGCUAUGAGGCCGGAAAUCGUUUGGGGGAUGUUGGCUAAAAAUAACAUUUGAGGUUUGAGAUGUUUUGAAUACUAACUUCCUCUUUAAACAGAUACAAGAAAAAAAAGCUGCAGCUUUACUCAUACAGUAGGUUUCUCACCUCCCCCUUUUCUCUUUUUAAAUAACUUUGUUCCUCUUUAUUGACAGUGCCUCUUUUAAGUCUUUAUGAGAAACUGCAUUUUUUGUAACAACUUUGAUAGCUAAUGAAAAGAAAAUGAAACUCUCAUAUUGCAGAAUGUGCUGUUUGUAUGAUAAAAUCAAUGGAGGGAGAAAAAAAUCAUUGCAUUUCUUAUGUGUUAACAAUAUAAAUCAAGGAACACGUAUUGAUGCUUAAAUUACGAUUGUUGUAUCCAUUUCAAAACAUCUGGGCUUUUUCAGAUCAAUAAGAACAACUUUAUGAGGAUGUGGGUGUAGUUGUAUAACUUAUUUUUGGAUGGUACAUGAGGGGCUGAUAUUCUUGAGCAAGGGUUUGACAUGUUGUGGAACAAAGGUCCAGGAUGGUAUUGAAAAAUAAUAUGUAAUGCACCUUGUCUUUUUAGAUAUCAGAGGAUCAAAUAUUAAAUCCUUGACCUUUUGGACAAGGAGGAAAAAGAGGAAUCUGUUUUGCAAAUAAAUCUGUUUUUAAGUUAUUUCUUGACAAAAUGGCGAUGUCGGCCAAAAUGUUAUGCUCAUACUUUUGCUUUAUUGAUAUGAUGAUAAGUGCUGCAAUAAUCAAAUAAAUUUAAAUAAAUGAUAAUGCUUUA